AUGUCAUCCAACAGAUUCUCAGGAAGCAUCCCAAACUCCAUAGGAAAUUUGAAUUCCUUGAUAUAUCUGAAUCUGUCUCACAAUUGCCUCACAGGAGGUAUACCUGCAUCUCUUGGAAAUGUGAGAGAACUCGAGUCGUUAGACAUGUCUUCAAACCGAUUGGAGGGGAAAAUUCCAAGAGAGCUAACAAAGCUCACAUUUCUUUCUGUGAUAAACCUUUCCAUGAAUCAUCUUUCAGGGAAGAUACCUCAAUCGAGUGGCCAGUUUCCCACAUUUAGCAAUACAUCAUAUGUUGGGAAUUCUGGACUAUGUGGAUUUCCGUUAACACGAAAAUGUGAAGAGCCUGAGCCUGAGCCUGAGCCUCCAGUGAUGCUGCAAGAAGAUGAUCACGAUUAUGGUAUUCUAGACGGAUUCUGUUGGCAGGCUGUUGUUUCCGGGUAUGGAUGUGGAUUGAUUUUACAGGAUAAAGAUGAGAAGUCGAGGAAGAAAUGUGGCACCGCAAAGAAGAAGAAGGAGAAGGAGAUAAGAAGGUUGAGAUUUGAUGUAUAA